AUGGCAAACCUAGCUUUAACCUACCAGAAUCAAGGACAAUGGAAUAAAGCAGAGCAGCUGGAGGUGCAGGUUAUAGAGAUAUCCAAGACAGUGCUAGGUGCUGAACAUCCCUCUACCCUAAUUAGUAUGGCGAACCUAGUUUUAACCUACCGGAAUCAAGGACGAUGGAAUGAAGUAGAGCAGCUGGAGAUACAGGUUAUGGAGAUAUCUAAGAUAGUGCUAGGUGCUGAAUAUCCCUCUACCCUGACCAGCAUAACGAAUCUAUCUUUAAUCUUUUGGAAUCAGGGAUAA